AAAUCAUCUUUAUGUUUCAGUAAGAUAUCUAUUUGUAUCUGAAGUUGUUUUAAAGCGAUAGUCGGUGUAGGAUUACCCUCUGGUAGUCUGUGGGAGGGGCGACACACACACACCAGCCCGACUGCAGUCAGUCUUUAGGUGCUGAAGCUGACCGGAGCAUCACGGACUCUCUCUCCCGUAUUUCGGGGGGUAAAUCUGGGGGCCACUUUGCUCCACACCCCGCCCUUCUGUGGCUGAUGGAAACAGACAUCCGUAGAAAUGUGCGCGAAUAUGUUCGGCGUUUUGAAAAGCCUGUUUGGGAAGCCCUUUGAUGGAGGGAAGAGGAUGGACCAUGGCGCCCAGCAGCAUCAGCAGCAUCACCCCAUGGAGCAGCAGCAGCAGUCGUACCACCAGCAGCACCCGGCCAUGAUGCGGCUGUACGAGGUCCAGAAGGAGGUUCAGUCCCUGGGUUCGGCGGUCUGCACCUUCAGCGGCCUGCAGCACGACCGCGACUACAAGCGAAUCGAGCGCGAGCUGACGCGCCUGCUGCUGGAGGUGGACAAGGUCGACACGGAGGGCAAACCAGAGCUGCAGGGGGCGCGGAAAAGAGCCGCACAGGAAGUGGAAGGCCUUCUGCGAUACCUGGAGGAGAACGCCACGCACCCGUCCCGCAUCGCCAUAGAAGAUCUGAGCAACGAGGCGCGGCAGCUGGUGGACGACCGCGUGGUGGCGCCUCAGCGCUCGGGAGGCGUGGCUGAAAUAAACGACGAGCUGGUCGAGGCCCUGCAGGAGAUGAUCCUGAGGCUCACCCAGGUGAAGACGGAGGGGAGGGUGCCGCUCCGAAAGGCGCGAUACCGGGCGCUGACUCGAAUGUGCGCGGUGCAGGAUGUGGUGGAGGGGCGCACCCAACAGCAGACCCUCUCCCUGCCGCUGUCCGGGGAGACCCACGAGGCGGUGAACCUCAUCAACCAGGUGAUGGUGAAGGUGAGCGUGGCGCGCAGUCAGCUGGUGGCUCUGCUGAUGGGGCUGAGCGGCAGGGACAGCUGCGCUCACCUGUCCCGCAUCCUGACGGAGAUGCAGGUGGAGCUGGAUGCUCUGGAUGUUUCCGGGAACGCAGCGAUCAGAAACUACAGGAAGCAGGUGGUGGAGGAGAUCAACGGGCUGCUGAAACAUCUGGACCUGGAGGGGGAGGGAGAGGACACCCGCAGAUACGACCUGGGGCAGAACAACUCUAUCCGUGAGAUCGAGGCAGUGCGUGCUCACGUGUUCCACCUGCGAGAGGGCGUCCUGCGGCACUGCAUGAUGGGAGAUGUGAGCUUCAGGCCCAAAGCAGAGCUGCAGAGCCUCCUCACUCACCUGGACCAGGUGGACACGGCCAAGAACCCGUGCAUCCGAGAGGCCCGCCGCCGCGCCGUGGUGGAGGUCCAGGCCAUCAUCACCUUCCUGGACCUCCGCGAGGCUUUAGCGCGCCGCCAGCCGGGCACCGAGCACCCUGCGCACCGGGCCGUGUGGCUGGUGCUCGGCAGCCUCUCGGACCUCCAGGCUCAGGCGCUGGGCUUCGAUGGCAAGCGCGUCGAAAAGAGCUACAUGAUGCUGGAGGAGCUGCUGACCAAACAGCUGCUGGCGCUGGACGCCGUGGACCCGCAGGGCGACGAGACCACCAAGAUGGCGCGGAAACAGGCGGUGAAGUUCGCCCAAAACAUUCUCAACUACCUGGACAUGAAGACGGACGGGUGGGAGUAUUGAUAAAGGCGGAAACACCGGAUGGGACUUCGCUACAGGAACGAAAGGAUCUGUGUGUAAAUAAAAUUAAAAAAACGUAUCAUUCCACGGGCUGUAAAUAUUGACUCCAACCCCCAGAAUGCAUUGCAGCAGCGCUUUUCUUUCAUCUCGUUGUGGUAAUCGUGGCCGAUCCAAGAAGAACACAUUUUAUGAAACGCACACUUCAGUGCUCUCUGAAGGUUUUCUUUUUAAAAUCUCCCUGUACGUGUGUGUGAGGGUGUGUGUGCGAGUUACCGUCCGUCGUACUUGGUGUGUUUGUGUGUGUUAAAGCCUGCUGCCAAAGCUCUUGAAUAAUGCCUGUUCUAGUGGUUGUGUCCUCCAGACUGCACUCGAUAUUGAUAAAGUGUGAUAGAUUGCUUCGCAGUAGCUUCCCGGUCUGGUCUGGUUUUUAAUUUAAGUUGCUAAUGGAGCAUGUGUUAAAUACAGUGACCUAAUUGUGGCUCGUAUCCUGAUGGUUGGAUGCCAAUUUUAGGCAUCAAAAGUAUAGAAAAUAGUCACAUUUUGGAGCAUUUUUUGUUAAUUUCUUGCUGCAGUUUUGUUUUGAAAUCAAAUUUGGUCUUUUCAGAAAAGCAGAACUUCAAAGAAACUGAGAUUUAUUUGGGGUAUUUUUGAGAAGCAGCAUGUAAAGGCGUAGAUGUGGAGCGGAGGUGUUUCCAUACACUGGUAUCGAAGCCAGGUAAUCUGUGUUCAAACAGUUGGAAAUCGUUUGCAUUACGGUCACUCCCCACUGUGUGACCCUGUUGGUUUUACUUCUCCGUAUUUAUCACCCCAGCUGUCGUUGGCAAGCGGUCAAACGACACGCUGAGGUACAGAUAAAGCUAGCAGAUAAAAAUCUGUCAUCUUGUGUGAGAGGAUGUUGGAAAAGUUUCCCCUCGCUGCUCGUGCCGUCUGUCUAGAAAUGUUUGUUGUGACUUUGUGCGAGGCUAUAAAUGGAUCAGGUUUUUUAGAAAUUCAGAGACAGAAGAGGCAGGUUUUUUUUUUUGCUGCUGCUGCUGCUGCUGCUUUUUGUUUCUACCCACCACUGCUUUCUACUGAGUGACUGUGAGACGUCCCCCAGGGAGAGGGAGGGAAAGGAGGGAGAAAGGGUGAGGCGGUGAUCUACUCUGGAUUGACACAUCAAGGCUGAAUCUCACACAGCGGUCGGGACGAGAGAGUUGAUGGUGAUCGCAGUCGACACAUCCUUCUAGAAACUUCUCGAGACAGGUGGGGGGGGGGGAGAAAGUCCCAAAAAUCGUUGUGCCUUUAUUUUCACCCUUCCCUGUGUACCGGUAGGUUUGUGUAUAGAAAAAGCAGCCUUUGCUCAUUUUGAUAUUUAACGCUAAAGCACCGAAUGUGUUUGGAGAGCACCUCGGCUGUCAUCACAACAAGAAAUGUGCUCUACUUGUCAGAAAGUGUGGCCCUUAAGAUUCAGUAUUUGUUCCCCGAUGAUAAACGACUAAAAGGUGAAGUUGUUCUGGUCAAUAAUCUUCUGUAACACAGGAUGACAACGCCUCUUCUGCAGCCCGUGAGUCACGGUGUGAUUUCACACUGCAAGCAGCCACGGGCAGAUCUCUGGCUCUGAAAGCUAUUUGGCAACAUGAGCCUGAAUACAAGAUGACAAAACCAAAUCAUUAGUUCAUUUCUUUACAGCUUCCUGCUGACCUCUGAACAUGUUGUUGUUGUUUCUGAGAAAGUAUUUAGGAAGCCCUUUACUGCCAAUGUGAUGAAAUAUUAAACGAUUCAGUCAUUAUAAUGAGAAACUCUUCAAAAAAAUGGACUUGGUAUCACAAAAUAAUGACUUAAUAUACAAAAAUAAUGACUUAAUAAUUAUAUUCCAUUAAUGUAAUACGUAUACAUCUAAAGUGGGCCAUUCUGCAUGAUUGGUACUUUUACUUUUAGUACUUGAAGUAGACCUUGCGCUAAAGUGGAAGAGUUUUUUUUUAAAGUGGAAGAGGCUCUAAUCAGAUUUCUUCUUCAGUUUGCCAACUUGCUUAUGAAUUAAAAACCCCUCAGUACGGAAAUGUCUGAUUGCUGGCUGCUAGCAGUGUGAGCACAAAACAUCAAAUAAAUCCCUGCAAUAACUCGUAAAAUAAUUAUAGCAACAAAGCUUAAUGAAAUCCCUGCUGCCUAGAAAGAUAAUCUGUGUCAAACUGCUUUUUAUACAAAACAACCAGUGUCCAUGUCCCAGUGAAGACCCACAGACCAGUUUUAUGUGCAUUGAUCUGCAUUUUGAAGCAUUUCCUGGCACAAAGCCUGCCGCUCGGCCUCCUGGGUAAUGAGCUGACUCAUACGGGGGGAAAUUAAAUUAAACAAAGUUCAUUAAACAUCGUCAGCCGGAUGCCGCCGCUGUAACAGAUGCUUUCUCCGACCAAACCAACCCGGACACACCUUAAGUUCACAUGCUCUUUUUUGUAAGCAGUAUUAUAUAUAAAUAAUGUACAUUUAGUUACUGUAUUUCUGUAAAUUGUUUUUAAGCAUUAAUUUGAAGGAUUUAUCAAACGUUUUACACUGUAUAAAGGAUUUAGAAUUUUUUUUUUUGUCUAGUCAGUGUCUCGAUGCCCCUUCUUUCUUUUUUCUUUUUUACUCAGUGUUAGUGAUGAGUGGGCGUUCUGGCAACCAAUGCAUAUUCAGUGGUUGAAAAGUACAAAUGUAGAAAGGAGGAUGGCCGUGAGGUAAAGCACCAUUUUAUAAAGGUUUUGUGAGAAAAGGAAGCAAGAAGGCGUCAGAGAAAAUCCCAAAUAUCACCACUACUCCUGUUAUUUUCUUCAGUAAAUAUACAGACUGUAGUCUAGAUUUACUAAACAAUUGAACUUCUAAAGUGUUAGAAAUUGGAUUUGAUAUCAGUAAUAUGAUGCAUUUGUGUGGCUGUAUGCAGAAAGGACUUUCAAAUGUCAAGCGCUAUUCAUUCCAUAGGUCAUGUAAACACUUUAGUUUGAAUACAGUCUGUUUUAUUCGCAAAAAUGCAGCAUCUUUUGUACAAAUCAUUAAUCGACACAGCCAUUGACGGUUUUGGGAUUUUCUUGGGAUUGUUUGACGUUUGUUUGAAGAUGAAAAAUGUAAAAUAUUACCGGUUUCUCCUUCUAAAAACUCUUAAAAAAGAUAGUCCUAAAACUGCUUAUAUAAAAAAUACACAGUGUUUAACUACCUAUUUAUUUUUUGGAAAGGGAAAAAAUAUGUCAAUUGUUACAAAAAGUCGCAUUAAUAGGGUCAAUAAAACUGUGGGGAUUAUUAUUACAUUUAAAAAUAUCCUACAAAAGAAGUUACUUGUUCUUGACAGUCUUCUCCACCCAGAUAUCUUGUAUAUACACACACACACACACACACACACACACACACACACACACACCACGAUGGGCCACUAAAAGCCGCUCGGGGCCGUGCAGACUGUCUAAACUUGGUGGCAUGAGUCCAUUAGUCGGAGGGUUUCAGAGAUUCAUCCCUGGAGGUUUUUCGAGGUGGCUUCUGACGUCAAUCCCUUUACAGGACGAUGCAUGUACGCGCAGAGAAUAAAGUGGGUGACUUACAGAUUUAAAUAUUUAAUUUGCCUGAUCCUGGAUUGAAUGUAGUCAUUAAGGAAUGUUUUGUUCUCUGGAUUUCAAAGUACCAAAGUUGUUUCAGAAACCUUUUAAUGUUCCCGGGACAAUAUGGAGGAUUAUGGUGAUGAAGGAGAAGCUGGAGAGUUGUACGUAUCUGAAAAGCAUUUUUGACAGAAUUAGUGUUUAAAGAGCAACUUAACACCACCCAAAAAUGAUACGUUCUGUGUUUUAGAGUGCAAAAAACACUUUUGAGCUCGUUGUUAAGUUGCAUUUUGAAGAUCAGCAGCAAGUUGCACCAGUUGAUUGUAAGUUUGAGUCUAAGGUAAACAAAAGGGUUAGGGUUACACAAAAUGUUCAUUUGCAGUCAUUUAAUCUGUCCUUUAGUGCAGGAAAGUGAACAUAACCAUUCCAUAUGAUGGUACUUUAUACUACACAACAUAACAGAGGCCUAUUGUGAUUUUACUCCACUAAAUGUAUUUGAGCGCUAACUAAGUCAAAUAUGAUCCAUUCAAACAGAUUAAACCGACCAACAUAUGCUAAAUAGUUCAAAUGAACUCCCCCUUCACCAACAGCAACAUUAAAGUACAGUUUGCAUAUCAAUGCGUUCAUAAUAAUGAUCCAAUAUUAUAAUAUUAGUCGACACGCAUGAAUUGUGCAUCAUUUGCUGCUGCUAUAUGACCCUGAUUCAUAAAACAUAAAGUCUUGCAGCUGAGUACAAUCAGCCCUUUUUUUGCAAAAGGAGAUCGACGUAAUCAUUUGUUCAUUCUUUCUUAUAAUAACUUUAUUUUUUCAUUCCUUUUUUUCAUGUAUUUUUCCAGAAAGAACCUAUUUUUAACAGAAAUGUCAUUUCAUCCUGUCACUGGCUGCAUCCCAUGACAAAUUGAGUUUGAGCAGACACCAAUUUCUAAAUGUGCUGCCAGCUCUUUGAUGACACUAAUACUUUCACUGUAACUGUAUUUGUAUCAGAGCUGAUGUUUGUUCAUUGGAGCACUGAGGCUCAUUUGCAUAUAAAGUAGCCAAUUAUGCACCAAAUGUAUACAUGUUACAUUAUUUAAAUUGUGCUGGAGCUUGGCAGUGCAGUUGCUAAUACUUCUGUACUUUUAAUUGAUAUUCUGAAUGCAAGACCUUUACCUGUAACAGAGUAUUUCUACACUGUGAUAUUUUACUCAAGUAAAGGAUUUGAAUAUUUCUUCCACCAGUGCUGUAUACUUAUGCAACAAAUAUGAAUACUACUGCAACAUUUAUGUAUUCUCUUUCAAAACCUCUCUUAUAUUUGUCAGGAUUCCUCACACAUCCGUUUGUUAUUGACAAAAUAGGCUAGCUGUUUCCACUCGUUUCCAGUCUUUGUGCUAAGCUAAGUUAGCCCGAUGCUAAUUUAACUUGAAAGUGAUAUCUUUGUAACUUUCAACAAAGAAAAUUAAACAGAAAAUGUUCCCCGAAAAAUGUUAAUCCAUCCCAUUUAAUGAUAAUUUCAUAUGAAGCGUAUUUGUGAAAACCUGUUUUUACUAACAAUCUAUUGGGAUAAUUCUUCUUAGAUCAGACUUUUCAAUUACUGGUGCAACAUCCCGCUCGAUCGUACCACACAGGUCAAAGGUCAAUUGCUUGGUUAUGGAAAUAUAUGAAAAUAUGUGACCAAUAUGAUGGGGAAAGGAGGAUGUAUGAUGGUAGAAAUCCACCAGGAGGUAGAAAAUCUUGCUUAUUAAGCUUAAGAAAAAAUAUUUAUUUUAUUUAAGCACACUUUUCAUGUUCCUUAGUUACUGUCUGUUAUAACUGCUCUGCCUUUCUUUCUGCAAAAUGACAGGAAUGUGUUCUGUGAUGAAAAAAAGGGUAUUAUAUUUCAUUUAUUUUUCCAAAAUCUGUUCUCUUAAGUCGCCUUUAACUGCAUUGAUUGUGACAGGCUUUUGCUGUUUCUCCCUUUCGAGAUAUGCGCUUGUACAAAAAGCACACUGAGACUUUGUGUGAAUGCUCCCUGGAUGGUUGUGUUUGGAAUUUGUACUCCCUCUGCAAAAUAAAGACGGCGUGUCUUGA